AUGUUGGGAAAACAACUAAACGAACUUCGCCUACAAAAGAAAGUACAGGUGUUUGAAGACAAAAAUAUUGAUAAAUUAACAAGAAAUAAAUACAAAUUAUUCAGAAACGUAUAUAAAACUCUGGUUGUUUCACCUUUACAUAUAGAAUCUAUAAAUCAAUGUUUACAUAACUUAUCAUUAAUAAACAACAGUUUUAAUACAUUUAGUCAAUUAUUUUAUUUAGAAGAAAGUGAUUCUAUACAUUUUUUCCCUGAUGACGACGAAAAUGGAAACGAGAAAAAUGAAAUCUAUUUAAAACAUCGUGAAUUUUUAACAGAAGAUGAAGAAAAUAUAAUUUUAAAAAAAAUUAAAAACUUUUUAAAAUUGUGUUCUUUAUAUUCAAAUAGAAAAGAAGUCAAAAUACUAUUAGAAUUUUUAAUAUAUAAAUAUGAGAUUAAUGUCAAAUAUGCUAAUGAUAUUUUAUUAUGCAUCUUUCCUAAAAUAUCAUCAUCAGAGUUUAAAAAUAUAUUAGAAAUUAUAUAUAUAGAAAAUAAUUCUCCUUUUUUCUUCUUGAAUAAUUAUAAGAAUAAUGAAAUAAAGCCCAUAGAUGAAUAUGUUAUUGUCCAGCAUGUAAAAAAGCAUAUAGCUUUAUAUAAAAUAUUAUUUGAGUAUAUUAUAGAUAUUAUAUAUAGUGGUUUUGGCAAAGAAUUUUUAUCUAAUACUGGAACUGAAAUAUCUAUUCCAUGUAUUGACCUUUUUAUUUCAUUAACAAGCAAGUUGAUUGACAGCUAUAUUGAUGUACCAGUUCAAAUUAUCGAAUUUUAUUGCAAUGCUGUUCUUACAUUAUUAACAUCAUGCCAAAAGGCAUUUAUUGAAUUGAGUGGAGAGGGAAAAAAGGAAACGGAUCAUAACAUAGUUCAAUCAGAAAAUGAAUUUAAUAACAUUGAUAGAAAUGAUUUUGUUGAAAAAAUUGAUUCGAGUGCUAUACAGAUUCAUUAUUGUUGCAAAUUUUUGGAAGAGUUUUUAAAACAUUUUGAAUAUGCUAUUGGAAAAUGCAAAAAAGGUCUAAAUUUUGAAUUUAUAAAAAAAAAAAUAUUUAACUUUUUAGACAUAAAUUUUUUAUCAACACAUAUAAAAAUAAUAGAAGAUUAUUCUGAUUGCUCUUAUUUUAUCAAAAUAUUAAUUGUUAUAUUAAAUAUAAUAUAUAAAAAUGAUAAUAAAAUAUGUUUUAGUAAUUAUGUAGACCCAAAAGACCAAAGUAUACUAAAUAACAACUUUACAGGAAAUGAUGCUAUUAGUAAUAUAUUAAUUUUUGUUAAAGAAAAUAAAAAAAAUAUUUUUAAUAAUAAUAAAAUAAAAUUAAUAAUAAAAGAAGAUGAACUUUUAUUAAAAUUUCUUUUAUUGUUUUAUCAAUUAGAUAAUGCAUAUGAGUUAAGUGACAACCUUAUGAAAAUUAUUCUAGCAAACUAUUAUGCGUUAAAACUGGAUAUCGAUAAAAUUGAAAGAAUAUGUAACUUUAUCCUUAGCAAUACUCAGAAAAACUACAUAUUUGAUAUCCUAUUUAUUAUAAAUUUAGUAUCAUAUUAUAUGUUCUUAAUAAAAAAAGAUGAAGAAGUCGAUACAACAUUAACUGGGCACGAGCUUGAAAAUAGUGUCUCCAAUGUUGAAGUUAUAGGGCUUUUAAUAAAAAAAAUUAAUUUUGGUUAUGCUAAUUCAAUAAUUAAAAAUACGCAUUAUUAUAAAAUUAUUAAUUAUUUUAUAAAAGAUAAUUAUGAACUUUUUAAAAGUAAAGUUACCUUAUUCAGUAUGUAUAAUAAAAUAGAAGAGAAACUAUUAAAUUUAAUUAAUGCUUCUAAUAAUAAUAUGAAACUUAUUAAUUUUGUUGACUCAGAAUCUGGUAGCGACCAAGAAAAUACUGCCAUCGAAAUGGCAGAUAAUGCAUUUAAAAGUCUAAAAUUGAUGCAUGAUUAUAAGAAAAAUUAUAUAAAAAUACUAGACAAUAAAAGAGAAGAAAUUGCUCUUCAAAAAAAUAAAAUAAACAACUCACCAAAACAAGAAAAUAAACAUGAUAUGACAUCAUCAACAUCAUUUCAAGAUAACGAUAUUUCAGAACAAGUUAAUAACACAUUUUCUAAUGAAUCCAUUCCUAUGGAACUUAUAAAAAAGGGAACUGAAUUUACAAAAUCGAAAGAAUACACUCUACUUUUAUAUACCAAAAUAAUCCAUUUGUUGAAAAUUAACAAACUCCUAUUUAUAGAUUAUCUAAAACAUUUUCAAAAAGAACUGAUAUAUUUUUUCCCUUCCAAAAAAUGUUUUUAUAAGCCAAUAUUUAAAGCAUUUAAUGAAUUGAUACAAUCGGGUUUUCAUGAAAUAGAUAAAUGUCGAAUUCGAAUUUUUUUAGAAUUCUAUAUUGUAUUAUUUUUAAUCAAACUAAAAAAAAUGGAAAUUAAAAAUAAGCAAAAAUUAGAACAAGAUAAAUUCUUUAAAAAAUUUAUAACCAGCAAUUUCGUCUUUUUUUUAAUUAUAAAUGAUUAUAUAAUGAAUUCAAAACCAUAUUCCUCAUAUAGGUUUUUCAAAGGAUAUAUUAAACCAUACACUGCUAAAUUGUCUAAAUCAUUUUUUUUACUUUUAUGUAGAAUAAAAAAUAUUAUCAACAUAGAAAUUAAUGAAUUUUAUAUUAAUGAAAUCAAGCAAUCUCGAUUGAAUAAUAUUAAAAUUUUAAUAAAAUAUAGUAUGCCCUUUUAUGAUAUAUUUUUUAGUCGGAUUAUAAAUGUUAUGUUUUCCGAAGAAGUGAUAAAUAAGCUAUGUAAAAUGCACGAAACAGAUGAUGAGCAAAUUAAUGAUGAAAUAAAUAACAGAGAAGAAACAGAUUGUGGGGAUAAAACAGAAUACAUACUUUGCAAAAAAAAAAAUCCUAAAUUUUUUUUAUUAAAAAUAUUAAUUUAUAUAAUAAAAAUGGUAGAUCAAAAAAAUUUCAAAGAACCCAUAGCAAACAAAAUAAACACGCAACUCAAUACUACAUAUAAUAAUUUAGCAUCUAUUUUUGGGAAUUUAAUAUUAAAGCUCAUCGAAGUAGAUCAUUCCUUAACAUUUAUCUUAUAUUGUAAAUAUAUAAACUUAUUUUAUAGUAAUAGAAGUAUAAUUGAAUAUAUAUAUAAUACUAUGAAUUAUUUUUUUUAUAUAUAUAAUAUUGAUCACUUAAAAAGGUAUAUAUCAAACAAAAAUGUAUUUUAUUAUAUAGUAAAAAGGCUAGCUAUGAAUUUACGCAAAAAAUAUAAUAAAAAAAAUGCAAUAUCUUGCUAUAGAUAUUUUAUAAUGUCGAUUUUUGUUUUAUCUACAAAUAACACUAUUAAUUGUAUGAAGGCAUUAGUACCUGAAUCGAUGACACCAUUACUUAAUAAACAAAAAAAUUUAAUAAAAUAUGAAGUUGCUGACAAAUUUUUCAAAAAAGACUGCAAAGAAAGAGCUAGCGUUUUAAAAUUAAUAAAAAACAUGGAAAAGACUAAUAAUAAAUCAAAAAAUCCCAAUGAGGAUGUCGAUACUUUGGGUUAUAAAAAUAAUCUUCAAAAUAGUGAAAAUGUAACAGAUAAUAUACCAAAUGAAGGCGAUUUAAAUGUUGAAGAAGAUGCAAGAAUGAGUCAAGGGGCAGAAAAUUGUGAUGACAUCGAGGAUAUCUCAAAAAAUAUGGACGAAGAUAAAAUGACAAAAGCAGAAACAAAUGGAUACUCAGUUGCAAAUUUUAACCCCAAUAUAAUCAAUUUAUCCUUUUUAACACCUAAAGCAAGAACCACAUAUAAAAAAGAAACGACUUAUGAAAUUGUAAAAUACUAUUUAUUUGCUUUUUCAUAUUUAAAUAAGUACUUUUUUGGUAUAUUAAUAUCAAGAUUAAACAUGUACAAUCACAAAUUUGCAAUUUCUCAAGAAUUUUUUAAAACAGAUUUAUUACGAAUAUUUUUAAAAAAAAUAAUGCAAAAAGACAAAUAUCCUUACAAAAUUAUGAAAAUAUAUAAAUAUCUUCUUAUGGAAAUGUUGAAUUAUGAAAUUGAAGUUAGUGUUAUACAUUUAUUUUUGCAUUUAGUCGAUUUUUAUAUAAACACGUUAGAAAAUGGAUGGUCUAACAAAAAAGAAAAUGAAAACAAAACUGUUUCUAAUAAUAUUAAUAAAAUGGAAAAUUCUGAACAUAUAAAGAAUAAUGAAUAUAUUAGUGAAAAGUUAUUAAAAAGCACAAAUAUAAAGGGACUAAGAAACGAAGAAAAUAAAUUAGAAUGUACAAAAAUAAAAAAAAUUUAUUAUGAAUCAAUUUUAUAUGAAGAAAAUAGUGAAGAAGCAGAGGAACUGUUUUUUGAAAAAUUAGAAGGAUUUUAUAAAUAUUAUAAAAACUUAUUUGAAGAUUGUUAUUUUGAUAAAGAAAAAGAAAUAAGAGAAUUGUGUGAACUAAUUGUUAAUAUAAUAAUAAAUGGAAAAGAUUCGAAAUUGAUAGUUCAAAUGUUAAAUAUUAGAAAAUUUUCUACUAGUAUGUUAUUUAAAAAAAAUGUAUGCUCACAAUUACAAAAAUUAAAAAUAGCUAAUAUAAUGUUAUUUAAAAAAUUGUUAUCAAAUAGAAAGACAAAAGAUUAUAAUUCUAUAUUAUUAAUGUGCAAAAAUUUGAAAAAUGUCAAAGAAAAAAACAAAUUGUUAAUUUUUGUAGAACGAUAUAUGAUUAAAAAGAAAAAGUUUAAGACAAAAAAUGUAAACAUAAUCAAAAUUUUAAAUGCAUUAUCUGAGUACACUUCAGAAUAUGAAAAAUAUCGUACAGCAAAAAAUCAAAGUGAUAAUAAGAAUGUGGAAAAUUGCAAUAUAUACACUGAAUUUAUUAAUAGGCACAUAAAAAUAUUUAAAAAUAUUGUUAACAAUUUUGAAAUUAAUGAUAAUGUAUUUUUAAAAAUAAUAAAAUAUGCAACAAAUAUUUCAGAACAUAUGUACAACAUCGAUGAAUUAAUUAUAGAGAAUUUUUCUUUAUCUAAAAAUAACUUUUUAUCAAGUGUUAAUUUAUUUUUUUCAAAAAAUAUAUUUUUUUUUUAUGAAAAUAUAUCUUAUCAUUUGAAGCCCAUGGCAAUUGUUUUGGAUAAACUUAUAAAAAAAAAAAUAUUGCUUUUUGUAUUUUAUCAAAAAUAUGGUUCGUUUUCUGAUGAGAUGGUACUACAAAAUAGUAGCGACGACCCAAACGAUGAUAAUUGCUUAUCUAAAAAAAAGAGAUCAAGUAUUAACAGCGAUCAAAAUUUAAAUGUUGCAAAAAAAAAGAGGAAAAUAACCGAAGAAGGUUCUAUAGAUAUAAAUGAUGAACAUGAAGAUGAAAUUGAUACAAAUUUAGACGACGAUUCAAAUAAUUAUUUUCACAAAUGUUAUAAUUUUGAAAUGUUUGUACAAAAUGAAAACGAAAAUAAUAUUAAAAAGUACUAUGAUUUGCAUACUUUUGCUUUCAUAUGUACUACUAUAAAUAAACUGUUUAUGAAUGAUAUAGAUCUAAAUAAUUUCAGUGCUUUAGUAAAUAAUCUAAUUUUCCUUUUUAACCAAAACUAUUGUUCUUAUAUUAUAUCCAUUUGCUUUAUUAAUUUAAUUAUAAAAAUCAAGCUCGAAAAAUUGCAUUCUUGUAAAAAUUAUAUUAUGGAUAUUUUGAAUAUUUAUCAUAAUAGUGAUAUAGAUUAUUAUAUAAAUACCAAUUUGCUAUUAUUUCUUUCACUAUAUUUGUGCCCUCAAGAAUAUGAAAAGGGAAAUUUAUCUCACAAAUUGAAAGAGGAAACAAAUGAACAAAAUGAACUUAUAACUUCCCAAUUGGAAUAUAACAAUAAUAAUCAAAACGAUUAUGAGUCAGUAAAUGAUAAUAAUAAAAAAUUUAGAUAUCCAGAAUAUGUUGAAUCAAAACUAAAAUACAUAAAGCCUUAUUUAAAAAAAGUUAAAAACAUUCAAAAUUUAUGCCUAAAAAUAAUAUCUCUAAUUUCAAUCAUUAACACUCUAAAUAGUGGAGCUAUCAAAUCAAUAUCAUAUUUUGUGUAUUUUUCAACUUUUAAAAAUUUUAUUCUUGCCACUUGUUUUGCUAGAAAUAAAAUCAUCCAUAGAAAACUGAACAUAUUGUUUAAAAAAUUUAAUUUUAAAAAUACAGAUACUUUUAUAUUGUCCUUAAUUAUUAACAAUUUUAAAACGCCAACAAAUGUUAUAGAUAAUAAUAUUACAGAAAGAAGUUUGAAUGAUUCCACGGCUGUAGAACAUACAAUUUCACAGUCUGACAUCAAAAGUGGAAGGGGAAAUAAUUUUGAAAAUAUAUUUUUACAUAAAUUUUUGUCAUGCUUAAAUAAUUUAAAAUCGUAUAUGGCAUUUAAUGAAGGAUAUAAAAAAUAUUUGAAAUAUAACGAAAAUUUAUCAAACCCAGAAAGAUAUAAAAAUAGUUAUGAUAUAAUAAAUGAAAAUUAUUCAUAUUACGACAUAUUUAGCGAACUAAUACAAAUGGGUGACGACGAUGAAAAUCCUUUGGAAAAUGUAAUAAGAGAUAGCCUUUCGAGCUUUUAUAAUUUUAUAUUAAAUAAAUUAUUAUAUUUAAAUUAUGCAAAAUAUCCAAGUUUAUUCAAAGAAAUUGUUGCAUUUAUUAAUGGUAAAUUAGAUAAUCAAACAGACGCUAAAUAUAUAUUUGAUGUAGUUAUAUUCGUUUUUUGUAAAACUACAAAAUACAAAAAUAACCAAAUAAAAGAAAAUGCCAACCAUCUCGUUUCUCGUUUGAACGAAAUAUAUAUGCUUCAAAUAUUUAGUAAAUCAAUUUUCAAAAUACAGCUAAACAAUUCAAUGAAAAUUUUAAUUAUAUCAAAAAUAAAUGAAAUUUUAAAAAAUCUUUUUUAUCAUUACAAAAAUGUUCGAAAUCAAGAAAUUAAAAAACGAAUAAACCAGUACAAACUUAUUGAUAAUACUGCGAAUAGUCAGGAUCACCAAACAAACACUGAAAAUAUAACAGAAAACGAAACUGAACAAAUUGAUCAAAACAAAGUUAUAGAAGAAAAGAUUAAAAAAGUUAAGAGCAUUUAUUCAGAAGUUGACGUAGUAUAUGAAAUAUGCAAGCAAUACAAAAAGGGACAACAUCAAAUAUAUGUAUUAAAUGAACCAAUGGAUAUUGAAGGAGAUAUGGAAAAUAAUAUGAAUGAUGAAGUCAUGAAUAAUGACACUGCAGAUAUUGAUGAUGGUUGUUCAGAUUUAUCAAAUGCUGAUUCGAUUGAUUCUGAUUUUAGUUUCGAAAAAUAUAAAAUAACAGAAAAUAAUGAAAAAGAAAUAGACAGAAACAAAUAUACCAACUUAGGAUUUUUUAAAAAUGAAGAAGAAAUCGAAAUAAUAUAUUUUAGAGAUAAUUGGAAUGAUUUAAAAAAUAUAUUUUAUUUCGAUGAUUGCUAUCAAAAUAGUAUUUUAAAAUGUAUUUGUUCUUUAUUAUUAAAUUUCCCUAUAUUUACAAAAAAACAAAUGAUUGAAUUAUUCAAAAUAUUUAUCCUAAAUAACAAAAAGCAUAUACUUGUAAAUGAGAAAAAUAUUCUUAAAAACAAUUUCUAUAAUUUAGAAAGAGAGAAAAAGAUUAAACAUAUUAUUAAAGCUAUUUCAAAUCCUUUAAAAAAUUUAAAUAUAUAUCAUAUGUUUUUUAUAUUUUCAAAUAAUAAUUUAAAAGUUUGCUUAAAAUAUGUAAUUAAAUACUAUAAAAAAUAUUACCCUAUCUUUAACGAUGAUAACGAAAUAUAUAAUUAUAAUGGAUCAGUUGUAUUGAAUAAUUCUUUAUUUUUUUAUCAGAACCUUAUUAUAUUUCAAAAUGUGUUAAGUGAUAAUAUAAAAAUAAUGAAUACUUUAGGUCUUUCUCUUUUGUUUUCUUUAGUUAAAACAUAUAUAAAUAAUUGUAAUAAAUAUAUCACCAAACUAUAUACUCAAAACAAAAAUAAAAUUAUGUCGAUGAAUAUUCUAGACUUAUGUUGUUAUAAUUAUAGUACAUUUGAAGAUGAUAAUCAAACAGAAAAUCAAUUAUUUGUGGAUCUCAGAAUAGAAGAACAUAAUAUUGUUACAUCAUUAUUAUAUACAUCAACCAAAAUGAAAUUAACAUCUUUAGAAAAUUUAUUUGAUAAACUUAUUUCAUGUUUUGAAGAUAAACAAUUUGAGCCAAAGCAUUUAAAUAUAUUAGCCGCAUAUAAAAGUGUAUUUGAAAGAAGAAUAUAUUUUAUUUAUUUUUAUAGGUUAUAUCAAAAUUUCGGUGCAAUAUUAAAAGAAAAAAAUAAAUACUUAUUUGAUUUGCUUAAUAAUAUUAAAUCAACACUGGAGUUCUGCCAAAACCAGUUUAAACAGACGUUUAAAAAAGUGAAUAUGGAAAUGACACAAAAUUUUGAUGUAGAUAAUAAUAUGCUUGAAGACGAUGAAAGCGAUGAUGAUAUUAACAAUACAAUAGAUAGCGAUAUCAAUUUGAAUGAUAAGAAAAAAAAACGAGAAGGGAAAUUAAAGACAACGUGGUAUUGGUUUGAUCUUGGAUAUUGUACAUUGUUAUGUUUAUAUGAAAUAUUAAUAAAUGAAAAAAAAAAUCAAACAAAUUUUACCCCUAUAUUUUUUCAAUCAUGUUUUGAUCAAGUUAUAAGCUGUUUUGACUUCUUUGAAUAUUUACCAAGAAUACAUAUGAAUAGCGAUUUUAAUAAUAGUGUUAAUGAAGAUGUAAUUAGAAAUAGUGAAAAUUAUAGCAUCGACCAAAUCAGUAUUUUAUUAUUUGAUAUACUCAAAUUAAUACUAUUAGAAUUUUAUUCAUUAUAUUUAAAUGAUACAGAAAAAAUACAAAUUAUGACAAUGAGAUUAUCACUUAAAAAUGAUAAUAAUAAUACUAGUUAUAAUAUUACCAUAUCUAUUUUAUUAGCUUUAAAACAUAUUUAUGAAACUAUUGGAUAUAAAGAAUUGUUAUUCUCCCUAAAAGACUUAUAUCAAAUAUUCUCAGAACUAAAUGAUCAUCCUGAUGAUGAAAUCGAAUAUGUAGCCAAACAAUGGUUUAGUUCAAUAUCAAAAUACACAUCAUAA